AUGUUCCCAGCUACACCAGAAGCCCAUCACCGAUGGCGCCGAGAGAAACAGAGAGUGGCAGAUGUCCCAGAUGCCAACCUUUUACAAGCUAAACAGUUCAGCUUCACGCCUAUAUCUCCCACGACACCAGCAGACCAGAAAACCAAGUCGGCCAAAUACCAUGAAGAAUGGCACAUGCCCACAAGCCAACCACUUACAAACCAAAGAGGUCAGUUGCACAGACAUGUCGGCACCGAACUCAGAGACGCAAAUUCCGAGCUCCAUUCGCUUAUGGAAAAGCAAAUCUCCUGCACUGUUUUUUUUAUAUCAAACCCCAAACGUGUUCGAGCUCCCGUAUGUUGGCCUCAAGAGCUAGACAGACCUCUCUAUGCAGCAAGCUCCCCAAACACUAAUCAGCAACCCGAACAACUCCAACUCCAAAUCUUCCGGCUGAUGACGGCGGCUGCGAAGCCCGACAAGCCAUAA